UUCACCUGUAAGAUCAACUGUUUUGGAGCGAAAAAACAUGACCUAAAAAACUUUUGUUUAGCCAAUCAUAUGUUUUAUCAGCAGAAGUGAGUAAAUAUUUUUAUUUUGUGCCUCAAGUAUCAUGAAAGUGUAAUGUAAUUAUUAUUGCUUUUUCUGAAAGACAAUUUUCAAUUGGAUCAGUGUAAUUUUCGUAUUUAGUCGGCGUGAAGAGAAUCACCAUGUCACGAACUUAUAAACCAGUUCCAGUUGGUCAUGCAACACAGACGUUCGUUUGAUUUCUUCGUCAUCUCCGUGAUCCUGGCCCUGGUCCACGGGGGACUGACUCAGGAUCUGCGGAACGUGACAGAGCCCAAGACCCCGGAGACCUGCAUCUCUCUGAAGGCAAGCGGUGGAGACGACACUGAAGCCAUCCAGAGCGCCCUCAACAACUGCACCCAGGGGAAGGCCGUGGCACUUUCCUCGGGCAUAUUCAAUGCCGGAAACUUCAAGAUACCGUCUGGCGUGAGCCUUCUCGUGGACAACAACGUGACCUUGAAGGCCAUACCUAAUCCGAGAUUAUAUGGUCCUAGUACUUGUGGGACUCUGAACAGUGUUGGUGGUGGAUGCUGGCCUUUCAUCGAGAUUUCUGGAGCUAAAGGGAGUGGGAUCUACGGUAAAGGCACAAUAGAUGGUCAGGGCGACCAGAUAUUGACGGGCAAAAACCACACGUGGUACGAUCUGAUAAUGCAUUCAAGUUCGACAAAACAUCAUAAUAAUCCUAUAAUGUUAAAAAUUAAAAGCUCUGAAGAUAUAACUCUGUACCAGAUCACGCUGAAGAACUCCCCUUCAUUCCACGUUUUCACCUCCGACACAAACGGCUUCACGGUGUGGGGCGUCACGAUUAAGGCCCCUGCGAGCAUCGGAAACACAGAUGCCAUCGACCCGACUGGCUCGCAGAACGUGACGAUCGCCCAUUGCAACAUAAGUGUCGGCGAUGACAACAUAGCCAUCGCAGCCGAACAUGCGCCUGCUAGACACAUCUCCGUACUGAACAACUACUUCGGCUCUGGAAACGGCAUGUGUAUAGGCAGCGGAACGCACAAAGGAGUAAGUGACGUGUUGGUAUCCGGCCUCACUUGUAGUAAAACAAAAAACGGAAUUCACAUAAAGACCGACCGUACUGAUGGCGGAUUGGUGACCCGCAUCACCUACGACAACAUUUGUGUUUAUGAAGCAGUGAAGCCUAUUGAUUUGGACAUGACGUACUUCGGCUAUGUUGGUGCCCGUGAGGCAGAAUACCGUAACAUAACCUUCAACCAUGUGAGAAUGGUCACCAAGGGUAUUUAUAAAUUCCAUGGUCUCAGUGCGUCGAACCCAAUCAUGGUCACGAUGAACGAUGUACACAUUGCUGAAGGUUCGAGAUGGCAUGCCAAUUACGUCAAUAUAACUGGAAAAAUUUUAGUUGACGCUUCAGGGCAUUGUGGAUGGGCUGGCAAUAAUUAAUUUACUUUUCAAAAAAGUAUUUUUUCAAGUAUGUAACUGUAUUUAUGUAAAGGUAGUGGAUGCAUUACUUACAAACAUAUAUGUUCUUCUAUGUGCUGAGGAUUAAGUUUUCUAUACCCUAUCUUAAAUGAUAUGUAUUUAUAUAAGAAAUCUUUUAAUAAAGAAUGAUAUGAAAAGAUUUUUUUUAAACUUUACUAUACUUGGAUGACUUAGUGUUGUCUUAUAAUUCUUGUUUAUAUUCACAAAAUAAGACAUUUAUUUCGCACAUACAAGUAAACCUAUUUUAAAAAAUAAAUAUUUAUACAAUAAAGAAUUUUUUUUCGUAAUUUUGUAAGGCAUAAAUAAUCCUUAAUACAUGUUUAUAUCUAUUUAUUUAUGGAACUAGAACAAUUUUGAAUUUGUAUAGUUUAUAUAUUUGUUAUAGUACAGUUAUAGUUUAUAAUGUUAUAGUUUUGUAAUUUUGAAGAAAAGAUUGUAAAUUUUUUACCAAAAUAAAUACGUUGA